AUGACAACAGCCACAGUGACCCCAACGCUGCCGGCUAGUUGGGAACCAACCGUUGCCGGCUGUCUCAGCACGAGUGACUUCUGGCAGUGGGACUACGGCCCUGCAAAGGACAAGCGGACAGUUCUCGGAGGCCCAUCACAGACGACGAACUGCCUCCCAACGGCAUGGGCAUCCGACAUCGUAUAUUCUGGAUCGGAGUGUCCGCCGAAUUACACUUCUGCGUGCCAAGGAACUGAUACCCUCAGCGCAGUCACCUGUUGCCCAUCCCUCUACCGAUUUACCUGUGUUUACCCUGUUUCUUCGCUAUAUCACGGCUCCCAAUUCCGAUGUAUGUCCGCGUGGGCGACCUCGAAAGCCGUCCGCGUGACGCACACCAACUUUGUCGAAAACAAUCUGGCCGUGGAGACGCAGACCGCCCAGCCAAACCUGCAUGUAUUCGCUUUGGCGAUUAUAUACGUCACGUCGUUCACAUGGCAGUCUUCUGAGUCCUCGGCAACCUCUGUGGAAGGCUCGAACGAUCUCACGGCCAUUUCUUCUCAAACAGACAUCUCCUCUUCGUCCUCCAGCUCUACUGCACAAUCCGCCUCUCGAGAUAGCUCUUCAGACACUGGGAUCAGUACAGGUGCUUCUGCCGGUAUCGGUAUUAGGGCCGCGGUGGUCGUGGCAUUUCUGGCCUUCGUUGCAUGGUGGAUGUACCGUCGGAGAAGGUUUCCGAGACAGGUGUCCGAGCUUGGUACUGACCACUCUCCGUACACUCCGGAGAUGGCCGAUGAGGGCAAUGGUCUGUUGUCAAACUCGGUCCUCAAGCUGGAGGCGGUCGGCGCCGCAAGCGCGACGUGGGAUCUAGUCUUGUUGAGCCUCGAUAUGCUUAUCUCGGUUGGAUUUUUGAAGGAGCAGCACAGGUUCUUGCGUCGGCGUCAGCGCAAGACAAAUCGCCGUAAGCGGCUUCUUCCUGCGUAA